AUGGUGAAGGAGCUUAACUUAAGUUUUACUCGCGAACCUAUUAUAAGUAAAACAGCAGAGAAUAUCGAAAUCAAAAUUGGAAAGGACAAUUUAAAAACUACAAAAUAUCAGCUUUCCAAUAAACACAGUCCAGAAAUCAAGUUUUCUGUUUCUGUUAGAGAAGUAUGCGGUAGUAUAAGAUUUGAUGUUGAUUUUAAGAGAAUUGCUUAUUAA